CUCCUAGCCCCUCGCCUUGCCCAAGACUCGCCGACCCGGCCGGCAUUUGCUUCCCCUACUCGCCACUCGCCCCUCUCCUACUCGUCACUCGUCAGUCGAGUGAAGUGCGUUGGUAAGGCGAGUGGUGUGUCGUUUCUCUCCUCAUCCUCAGAAUAUCAGAGCUAGUUAGUUAGUUAGUCAGUUAUAUCAGUAGUAGUUUUACUGUCAAUACACGUGUUAUUCAAUCAAGUGGUCUCACGUCUUCGUUUCCAAGGUAACAUCCUUCAGGUUUGUGUCGUGAUCGGUGACUCUGAGUCAGAUCGCCGGACGAUGCCGGUUCGUUGGGAGGAAGCGGAGACGCUGCGCUUCGUGAAGCUGUACAAAGAGCGGCAGUGCCUGUGGGACCCGUCGCUGCCGGAGUACCGGAACAACAAGGUGCGCAACGACGCCUACGAGGAGCUCCAGGCGGAGAUGCGGAUGCCGGACUUCAGCAUCAACGACGUCAAGCAGAAGAUCAAGAACCUGCGAAACACCUACACCCAGGAGGUGGCCAAGAUCGAGAAGGCCAUCAACGCGGGCUCCUCGUACCAGCCCCAGAUGAAGUGGUUCCUCACCAUGGACAAGCUCGUCAGGAAAAUCAGGGAUAACCAGCCGUCGCUCUACUACAGAGAAAAGAACAAAUUGGAGUCAAGGCAAGUUGAAGAACCGGAUGAGAAGGAUGGCAUCGGCAUAGAGAUGUGUAAUGAUGGAGAAGAAAUAGAAAUCGAUGAGCACAUUUUCCAACAGCAGCAGCAGCAGCCAAGCAUAGCUUUUCAUGAGCAGCCACCAGUCUUUGAAGAACCACGGCCUAACACUGACAAUGAGUAUUCACAGAACUACGAAAAUCACAUGGAUGAUAAUCCUACAACACCAACACCAGACCAUAGCGCGGGUCCGAGUAGAAAACGGCGUCGCACGGUGGUGACGUCAGCACUCCGGAAGCUGGAGCAGGUGGGCGAUAGCCUGCAGGAGCUCCUAGAGGACGAAGACGAAUGGGACGCCUUCGGGAACUUCGUCGGGCUGAGCCUGAAACGGCUGCCUAUGGAGUUGGCCCUGGACGCCGAGGCUGAAAUCCAAGCCACCCUCAGCAAGUUCAAGCGGAUGCAGCACAACCUCAACCCCAACCCUCAAGCCUCAACCCAGACCCAACAGCAAAGCACUACCACCGCCAGGACUUCAACUACCCCCGAGCCUACCCUUACCUUCUAUAUGAACGAGAAAGACGCCAUUCAGAUUAUCGAGUGAAUGAAUGCUCAACAUCGUACCGAUGGCGUGUCGUGAAUUGCGAUAUAUCGAUUGAUAUGCCAUUUAAACCUAUGGUAAAGAAUCGAUUAUUAAGGUGUUCGCUGCGGACACCCUGUUUAUCGAUCCUUUUCCAUAGGUUUAAGUUGCAUAACAAUCGACGUAUCGCAAAGCACGCCACGCUACUGCAUCGUACAAAUAUCACUCUAUUUUUUUAGGAGUACCUCCAUUGUGAUACGAUUAGUGUAAGACUUAGGAUUUCACGUUGGUAUGUAAAUAUUUGAAUUUGUUUCCCUCCUGCUUAUUUUUCCGUCGCAUAUCCUUUUUCACAUUAGGGGCAAGUUGGUGGAUCCACGCCACGCCUCGAGGCACAUUUCAGCUGUUUUUUUCACAAGCUGAAAGCAUACGCAGGUGAAAUAUUGCAUUCAGCCACUCAAAUCGAACGGUUAAAUUCGCAUUCGCAUACUUUCAGCCUGGUCAGACUUUAUAAACGAGAUGUUUUUGGGAAUGAAUAGCUGAAAUGUGUUCUAGGUGUGAUGGAUCAAUAUUCAGCCGAAAACUCACGGCGAAACCAGUAUGCCUCGGGGGAAAAAAGUUAAGAUCCUCUCCAAGGAAGCCUCUCGCUUGUGAUAAAAUUAGAAAUGUUAGGUUUAAGAUUUUUGAAGCUAAUUUUCUCCGAUUUCUUUAUUUUUAUCAAUCAUUAUUCUUCCUUUUUCUUUUUGUCAUUGCGUAAAAUUAAAAAAUUGUGACUGCAAGGUGGCAAUUGAAUAGUUAUUGUCGAAAAGAUAGCUGUACCUAUGACGCAGAAACUACGUUACGUUAAGACACUAUGAAUUACGUAUUUCAGGGAACAAGAAAAGGGCAGUCGGGAUCACUCGAGAGAAAUUACGUUCUUUUUGGUGUUUUACAAGACUUACGUAAACACUUUCUUCUUCAAUAAUUAAUGCACCUAGACAUCGUUCAAUGCUCGUUGCCUUACAUCACAGGUCUCAUUCAUUAUGAACGUAUCUGUAAAUUAGUAACGUCUGAGUAAACAUGCCGUUAAUUAAUACUUUUUUAACUAAAUUAGGUGCGCGAUGAGUACCUAACAGCAUCGUUAUCCUACGUUUUGAAUGGUUUUCGCAAUCAAGAAAGUCUCGCGACUCAGGUGAUAAUUACA